GUAUCCAGGGGGGUCCCGGUAGUGUCCCCGCAGUCCCGGUUGUGUCCCGGGUGUGUCCCCGCCAUCCCGGCUGGCGCUGGUGGCGCUCGGGGGCCCCAGCCCGGGGCGGGGCGCGGUGCCCGGGCGGUGUCCGGGCGGUCCCGGUGAGUCACGGUGCCCCCCCCGAGCCCCCCCCCAGUCCGGCCCGCCCCCGCCGUGCCUAUCCCGGGCCGGACCGCGCCCCGGCACUGCCCGCACCGCCACCGCCACCGGCACCGAGCACCGAGCCCCGCACGCACGCCCCAGGGUCAGGAUGCCGUCGCAGCUGGAGCACGCCAUGGAGACGCUGAUGUUCACCUUCCACAAGUACGCGGGGGACAAGGAGCACCUGGCCAAGGAGGACCUCAGGGCGCUCAUGGACAAGGAGUUCCCGGGGUUCCUCGAGAACCAGCGCGACCCCAACGCCCUGGACCGCAUCCUGCGGGACGUCGAGCAGAGCCGCGACGGCCGCGUCGGCUUCCAGGGCUUCUUCUCGCUGGUGGCCGGGCUCACCAUCGCCUGCAACGACUACUUCGUGCAGCACAUGAAGCAGCGCAGCCACCGCUGAGACCCCCACCCAUGGGUGCCCCCCACCCACCCGGGGGCGUCACCCCAAACCCGCCUUGGAUCCUCCCUUAACCCUAAAUGUGUGCCUUGAUCCUUCCUUGGGGUUUUGAACCCUUCCUGAUGGGCUGAGACCCCCCCAAAGGGGUGAUGAACCUCCCCCACCACCCAUGGGUGCCCCCCACCCAUCUCGUGUGUCACCCCAAACCCGCCUUGGAUCCUCCCUUAACCCUAAAUGUGUGCCUUGAUCCUUCCUUGGGGUUUUGAACCUUUCCCAUGAAGGUCCUGACUCUCCCCCAAAGGUCCUGAGCCCACCCAGGGGUCCUGAACCCCUCGGAGGAUUGAGACCCCCCCACCCAUGGGUGCCCCCCACCCACCCGGGGGUGUCACCCCAAACCUGCCUUGGAUCAUCCCUUGACCCUAAAUGUGUGCCCUGAUCCCCCUUUGGGGUUCUGAUCUCUCCCCACAAAGGUCCUGAGCCCACCUGGGGGUCCUGACCCCCCCCCCAUUGCAAGCUGAGACCCCCCCCUGGGGGGAUUGGGGUGCCCCUCACCCAUGGGUGCCCCCCACCCAUCUUAGGGUGUCACCCCAAACCCCACCUUGGAUCAUCCCUUAACCCUAAAUGUGUGCCUUGAUUCCCCUUUGGGGUCCUGGCCCUGAUUUGGGGCCCUGACCCCCACCAUGGGUGCCCCCAUCCCCACCCAUGGGUGCCCCCAGCUCUGGUGGGACCCUUCAUUGUCCCCCCCCUCCCCCCAUGGGUGCCCCCCACCCUGGGGUGCUGCCCUGACCCCCCAAUAAAGGGUUUUGUAUGAA